UACAUGAACGCCUUGGAGUACUUCAAGACCCACCUCAAGUACGAGAAGAACCCUAAGAUCAAGGAGGCUAUCACGCUGAAAUUCACCGAGUACCUUCGUCGUGCCGAGGAGAUCCGUGCUGUUCUUGACGACGGUGGGCCUGGGCCUGCCUCCAACGGGGACGCGGCCGUUGCCACCAGGCCCAAGACCAAGCCCAAGGACGGAGAAGGAGGCAGCGGAGGUGGGGACGGGGAGGAUCCCGAGCAGGCCAAGCUGAGGGCAGGUUUGAACUCUGCCAUCAUUAGGGAGAAGCCUAACGUCAAGUGGAAUGACGUGGCGGGUUUGGAGAGCGCCAAGCAGGCCUUGCAGGAGGCGGUUAUCUUGCCCGUUAAGUUUCCUCAAUUCUUCACUGGUAAAAGACGGCCUUGGAGAGCUUUUUUGUUGUACGGACCACCCGGAACUGGUAAAUCAUAUUUGGCCAAGGCUGUUGCAACAGAAGCUGACUCUACAUUUUUCAGUGUUUCUUCAUCGGACUUGGUUUCAAAGUGGAUGGGUGAAAGUGAAAAGCUAGUUUCAAAUCUUUUCCAAAUGGCCCGGGAUAGUGCACCUUCUAUCAUAUUUGUUGAUGAAAUAGAUUCGCUAUGUGGUCAGCGUGGAGAAGGCAAUGAGAGUGAAGCUUCUAGACGUAUUAAAACUGAACUUCUGGUGCAGAUGCAGGGUGUAGGAAACAAUGACCAGAAAGUUCUUGUUCUUGCAGCAACGAAUACACCUUAUGCUCUUGACCAGGCCAUAAGGCGGCGUUUUGAUAAGCGUAUAUACAUUCCACUACCAGAUUUGAAAGCCCGCCAACACAUGUUCAAGGUGCAUCUAGGCGAUACACCUCAUAACUUGACCGAGAGUGAUUUUGAACACUUGGCACGCAAGACAGAGGGAUUUUCAGGUUCAGAUAUAUCUGUUUGUGUGAAGGAUGUUUUAUUUGAACCCGUUCGCAAAACCCAAGAUGCCAUGUUUUUCUUUAAGGAUCCUGAGGGAAUGUGGAUCCCAUGUGGACCAAAGCAACAGGGUGCAAUACAAAUCACAAUGCAAGACCUUGCCGCAAAAGGACUUGCUGCUAAGAUCCUUCCGCCACCUAUAUCGAGAACAGAUUUUGACAAGGUGCUUGCUAGACAAAGGCCUACUGUAAGCAAAGCUGAUCUAGACGUACACGAGAGAUUCACAAAGGAGUUUGGAGAGGAGGGUUAAUCGCGAUGGAAUUUCACUUUGGAGAUUCACACCCGUUUAAGCAUAUUAUGAUUUGUAAUUUACUUAACCAUUGGAGCAAGUGAAAUGAAUCUUUUUACAUUCAGUUCUGGGGAUGAUUAAAUCCCCAAUUCUACGGAAAUGGAUUUAUAAAAGCGGAUACUCAUUUUGCUUCUCCUGAAUUGUGUAUAAGAACAGAAUCUGAAAUGAUCAGAAAAAUAACUUGCGUGUGAUUCUGGUUUUGUACUUGCA